GGAUGACGAAGCUCAGCUCCUUCUCCACAGCCACAUAAUGUUCACCGGAUUUUGCUUCCAGCCGAGCGGCAGUGCAACCUCCCCUGCGCUUUCUCCGCCGUUCUUUUAGGCUCCGCCCCUUUUACGCUAGCAGCUGCAUAAACUCCGGAACCUGGAUUGUAUCUACCGAGUCAAUGGAGCGACUCUGGGCGGUGCAGUGCGCAGGCGCGAGCGUUUGGGUUCCGACGCGCGCGGCGCUUGGUUGAAGCAGGAGUGAGUUCCUGAGCGUGGAGACCCGGCAGCUGGCCGCCGAGCGACUGUGAUCGAGCACCUCCUCCUGCAGCCAUGGCAGCCCUGCGCUACGCGGGCCUGGACGACACGGACAGCGAGGACGAGCUGCCCCUGGGCUGGGAGCAGAGAACCACCAAGGACGGCUGGGUUUACUAUGCCAAUCACACUGAGGAGAAGACUCAAUGGGAACAUCCGAAAACUGGAAAAAGAAAACGAAUAGCAGGAGAUCUGCCAUAUGGAUGGGAACAAGAAACUGAUGAGAACGGACAAGUGUAUUUUGUUGACCAUAUAAAUAAAAGAACUACCUAUUUGGACCCAAGACUGGCAUUUACUGUGGAUGAUAAUCCUACAAAACCAACGACCAGACAGAGAUAUGAUGGUAGCACCACAGCCAUGGAAAUACUCCAGGGCCGAGAUCUCACUGGCAAAGUCGUUAUAGUUACCGGAGCUAAUUCAGGAAUAGGAUUUGAAACUGCCAAGUCUUUUGCUCUUCAUGGUGCUCAUGUGAUCCUGGCCUGUAGGAAUUUGACAAGAGCCAAUGAAGCCGUGUCGCGCAUUUUAGGAGAAUGGCAUAAAGCCAAGGUAGAAGCAAUGACCCUGGACCUCGCUCAGCUCCGUAGCGUGCAGCAUUUUGCUCAAGCGUUCAAGGCCAAGAAUGUGUCUUUGCAUGUGCUCGUGUGCAACGCAGCGGCUUUUGCUCUCCCCUGGACUCUCACAAAAGAUGGCCUGGAGACCACCUUCCAGGUGAACCAUCUGGGGCAUUUCCACCUUGUCCAGCUCCUUCAGGAUGUGCUGUGCCGCUCAGCCCCUGCCCGAGUCGUUGUCGUGUCGUCGGAGUCCCAUAGAUUUACAGAUAUUAACGAUUCCUCGGGAAACCUAGACUUUAGCCGCUUGUCUCCAUCUAAAAAUGACUACUGGGCCAUGCUGGCUUACAACCGGUCCAAACUCUGCAACAUUCUCUUCUCCAACGAGCUCCAUCGCCGCCUCUCCCCGCGUGGGGUCACGUCCAACGCUGUGCAUCCGGGGAACAUGAUGUACUCCUCCAUUCAUCGCAACUGGUGGGUGUACACGCUGCUGUUUACCUUGGCCAGGCCUUUCACGAAGUCUAUGCAACAAGGAGCUGCCACCACCGUCUACUGUGCCGCUGCCCCUGAACUUGAGGGCCUGGGAGGGAUGUAUUUCAACAACUGCUGUCGCUGCCUGCCCUCCCCAGAAGCUCAGAGUGAAGAGACGGCCCGGGCCCUGUGGACGCUCAGCGAGAGGCUGAUCCUGGAAGGACUUGGCAGCCAGUCCAGCUAAGUGGGAGCUCCGGCAAGGCUCGGCACACACACCCACCCUGUGUGUGCACACAUGCAUCACCGCCAAUGCUGGACCCCUUCCAACUUACUAUCCAGGGGCCUUUCCAUGUCCCUCCGACACAGAUCCGCCAGAGCAAAGGAAAUCAGAGUACCCACAACAAAAGGGCACCUCUGAAGUACCAAUGGGAAGCAGGGAAUUAAUUCCAGGGGUAAAGGGACAGUUUCUGUCUCCUGGGGCUGGCUUAGGCUUGGGUCCUUUUGCUUUCCUGGUGGUGGCCUGUUUCAAAGUGAACCAUGCAUUGGUAUGCAGGUUCCUUUCUCAUCGCACAAGCACAAACAAUUCUCUCUCACUAUUUAGAGUAGCCUGGGGCCCCUUCUGUCCACCCCCCGCCUCCAAGCCACCACCUCCUCCACAGCCCACCAUAGCCACACUGUAGCCAGGAACUGGCUUUCUCCUACUUAGUGAAGCAAAAGCGAGUGUUUGUCCUUCUUUGCCACAUCGAUCCAGGAGAUAAUUGUUUCAUUCAUGCUGACCAAAUCUAAGCGGGUUUGGCAACUACUGGGGAGAGAACUCUGAGCCUUGUUACAGCCAGUGAAGAUGGAGGUGACACUGAGAAAUGGUGGGAUAGACAGAGCUAGUGGGUCACAAACGUACUGGUCCUUUGACUCCCUUGCCAAACUAUACAAACAAUUCUUUCGACAUUAUAACAAAUUUUGCCAAGCAUUCCCUCAAAACCUCGACAGGCAGGAAAGGAAGGAAACACUGUGUCCUUAAGAAUUUACAGGAUGAUUUGGGGGAUAAGAAGUCGUUCCCUCCGUUCUUCCUUCACAGUUUCAAGAAGCCGCUCGAUGGUGGAGGUUCACAGCUUCUUGGUGCUCCCGCUUUAGCAUUCUGCUUAAAAUUCCUGUUAAUCCUAUGCUUAAUAAAAGAACAUGCUUGAAAUAUUAUCAUUUGAAGUUUGUAUCGUGUUUUUAAAUGUUUGUUUCAGUUUUGGAGGGUUUUUUUUUUUUCCAGCGGUUUUUUUUUUUUUUUUUUUUUUUUUUUUUAGAAAAGAAAUCUAGAAGAAAAAUAAAGCGCUUCUUGUAGACGCCAGGAAAACACCAUUCUUGUUUCUUCUCUGAGUGUGUUUUGUUUUUGUGCUUUGUGGCUGUCUGUGGGCCAAGUUGUCUUCACGCGAUUAGCAUGCCAGCAUCAUA